AGUAGCGGCGCCCUCUGAUGUCAUCACUCUUAGGCGCGUCGCUUGGCUUUAUGUGAAGACGCACUACGGAGGCUGAGAAGGAGGGGAAUGUGGGCGCGGGCGGUGUGGCUGGCCUUUCGGGCCCCGGCGGGCGGGCGCCGCGGCCUCACCGCCAAGGCGGGUCCUCAGGGAAGUGUUCGGAUCACGGCCGAGAUGAUCGAGCACCUGGAGCGUUUAGCGCUAGUGGACUUCGGGAGCCAAGAGGCCGUGGCACGGCUGGAGAAAGCCAUCGCCUUUGCGGACCGGCUCGGCGCCGUGGACACAGACGGAGUGGAGCCCAUGGAGUCAGUACUGGAGGACAGAUGUCUAUACUUGAGAUCCGAUAAUGUGAUAGAAGGCAACUGUGCUGAAGAAGUACUACAAAACUCUCAUCGAGUUGUGGAGGAGUAUUUUGUGGCCCCCCCAGGUAAUAUCUCUUUGCCAAAGCUGGAUGAACAAGAGCGCUUCUCACAUAGCUGAGUAGCUAUUCUGGGAAGGGUACUCUGCAAACACGUGGAAGCGCAAUGAUAUUUUGUUAUUAUGAACACUCAUGUUCCCACUUCCUUCAGUCACCUGAAAAAAUUGAUGGUUAAGUAUUUUUUUGUAACUAACUCUUCUGAAGACAGAAUUGGCAAAGAUCUCAUCAAAACAAGGCAAUGAGUUCCUGAUGCUAAUAGAAAAGGUAUUGUCAGUUUCCAAGGAAAUGGAUCAAGUAUUUACUCACAGGCUGUUCCGUAUGGAAGAUGUUAUCCCCAUUUAUCUCUACCCCAAAAGACUGUCUACCAAACUACACUUUGGUGAAUUUUCCUGUUUACAUAACUGUUAGACACUGUAUCUGAUCACCAUGCGACAACCUAAAUUGUGCUUUUUAGUUCCUGUUUCCAUCAACCUUUUAUCUUUAUUGAACACACUUGAAUUUUUUCCUGGAUACUCACUUUAUUCCAAGCAGAGGGCUAACUUUCUGCUCAAGUCUGGAGAGUAUUCAAAGCAAACUACAGCUUGGGAGCUCCUAACCUAGAACCGUCCACUCCCACAAAAGUGAUUAUUUGCCAAAAGGACACUAGCCGCACCUAGAGUUUCUCUUUCUGAAAA